CUCAUUGUCACCACAGCUCUGCGCACACACAAGUGUAUUAGUGCCGCUGAGCAGCCUGAACCUGCAGAAUCUGCUACCUUGCCCCCGUUCUUGAGCCCUCUCUGCAGACAAAAAGCUACCCUUUCCCACCAGGUCUGAGCAGCCGCUUCAUCUCGUCUGUUUGAUCCAUCAGUGACGACAGCUCUUCAAGUGACCCGUCCCCCCCCCGGUGUCCCAGCAUGGCAGACGGUCGGCAGCCGGACGAGCACUCGACCUCCAACGGCCAGGAGAACGGCAACAAUGGCUACUCGGCCUACAGCUCUGCGUACAGGGAGAACGGAUUCAACGGCGGGGCAGCUGCACACCCUGGAACGACAGUGGAUGACUCAGCCAAUUUGCCUCCCUCCCCACCCCCCUCUCCAUCCGCUGAGCAGAUUGGGCCCGUGGCACAAGCCCAGCCGGAAGAAAGUAUCAGUAAGGAGUCUUGUGAGUCUCCUGUGAAAGAAGAUGAACCUCAAGGGGCGCCGCUACAUGAGAAGCAGUUGGCAGUUGAAAGAGCAACACCUGAAUGUGCAGAACUCGCCUCGACUGAAUCUCCCACUCCGUCUGUGGAAGGAAAACUGCUCUUUGACACCUCAAUGGAGCAAGGUGGAAAAGACACAAAGGAAGUAGAAGAAGUCGCUCCUGAGAGAGACCUGCCGGUAGAGUUGAAAGAAAAUGAAGCAAAACAACCUCUACUGACAGAGGAGGACAAAGAGGGAGAUAUGUUACCCAGCGAAUCAGGAGCCCCUAUGUCUGAAAGGGAGGAAAAACAAGAGAUGGUUGACCAGAUAAAUACCUCGGACCAAGAUGGUGGCAGUGACAAUAGAUCGUAUGAGAUGCAAGUGACUGAGAAUAAAGAAGGAGACCAAAAGCAAGAAGCAGUCGAGGCAAGUCCAGCACCUGGCACAGAGUUACAAGCGACAUCAGAUAUUUUUGUGGAACACGUGUCUGGAGUGAAAACCUAUUUUGAGACAUCCUCAAAAAGCCACAGCGAGGCUCCAUCACAAACCCAGAGCUAUUACGAAUUCAGCACAGCAGCGGAGGAAAAGUUAAGCGAGGAAACUAAAAGCAUUGUGCAGAACGUCGAAGAACAACUGGAUCAAAAAGACAGACCGAUUCCUGGAAAGAUGUCUCUUGAACAUAGAAGCCUCUCCCUGAACAUCACUGUCGGGUCUUCGGGGGGUCAGACAGUAAAGGAAGAGAAGUCCAGAACCUUGUGUCCAAUCAGUGGAAGCUUUGACGAAUCUGAGGUAAACCCUUCAACACCAUCUUUGGAAAGUCAACAUCCUCCAAUUGUUACCCCAACUACCAGUGGAUCCCCUGAAGAUACCCCCACCAAAGAAGAUACACCUUUGCCUUCUGAUAAGCACAAAUGUAUUGAACAUUCAGGCAGCAUCUCUGAGAUGUUGGACCUUGCUGGAGACUUGCCACGGCAAUCAUUAGAGAAGAGGGAGCUUGGCCACAUGAGGCGAAAGUCUGUACCCGCCAAUGUAUCCGCUCUGGGAGGGGGUUCUUUGGCCAAGCUAGCCUUAGGAGAUAAAACCCCAAGGGUGGUGGGAGGGGAAAGCCAGUUAGAGGACCUGGGCUACUGUGUCUUCCAUGAGUACUCGGGGCCAAUGCCUUCUCCUGCUGAUGUACCCAAUCCUGGGGACUCUCCACACCAAAGCUUCCCUUCUACAGAGACUGGAAUUGAGGAGGAACUUGAAGUUGUUCAAAAAGAAACUCAACAACAAGACCGUAAAGAAAUGAUCCCUGAGAUUUCUCCCAAAACUGUGAUUGAAAAGAAAGGUUCGCCAGUAAAGAGUACCCUGAUUCUUGAAAGGAUCGUGACAAGUGGAGUAAAACCUGAUCGCCUAAGAAUCCCAAUUACUUCUUCAAAAGACCGACUGACUGAGUUUCGUUUGGAGACUGGCCUGCCUGGGGACAUAAAGAACCAAGCGAUUCCUGAGGUAGACAUUGAAAAAGACCCCUCCAGAGAGGCUUCUCCCAUCCCACCAGACAGUUCCUUUACUUUCACUAAUCUGGAACCUGAAAGCAAGGUUCCCAAAACUCCCACCACCCCCAAGAACCAAGAUGAUACACCCUCAGAAACCCAAGUUGCUGGAGACACGGCUGCAAAAGAUGUGGUUCCAGUGGUCGAAGUAGAGAAGGAUCAAGAGUCAGGAAUUGAUCAACUGAAGGAGAUAGGGAAAGAAUUUCAGAAAUCUGAGCAUGAGGAGUUAGAAGAAUGUAAGGAAGAACCAGAACGGACAAACACGAAUAUAUUUUCACCAACAUCUCGGUCUUUAGGAGAUAGCACAGAGAAAGAUGACAAGAAGAUUGAAACUGAGACAACUACAAGAUUAGACGGUAUAGAAAUGAAAGAGACGCCAAAAGCAGAGAAAGUUGCCCAAAUCCAGUUACAGGAAGUGACUCCUGAUGAAGUCGCACCAAUGCCACAAUUAUCCUCCCCAAUCAUCAUCAUACCUCAAGCUCAAGUAGAGGAAGAAGCAGAUGAAGAGGAUGAUAUUGAGAUAGCUGAAGAACCUCAAGAGGUUAUAGAGGAAGCCAAAGUGCCCGAGGGUUUUAUCAAGGUGAGUCUGACCGUAGGCGAUCAGACGGUGGAAGAAGACCCCACCUCAGAAUGGAGUCACAGUGCACGCGAUGAAGAUGUAGACCCCGCGACAGACAGUUCGCACUUGUCUCCGUGUUCUGACCAUGAUGUACAGCAACUGGAUGAAGGUGAAGCAGGCGAUGGUAAAGGGGAAGACACAAAGAUAAAAGGGGAUGAAGGCAUGGAAGAGGUGAUUGAAGUUGUCACAGAAGACCCAUCAGCGGAAGAGCUUGUUGGGUGUGAUGGCAUAGGCGAUGAGAAAGAGAAGAAACCAAUAGAGAAUGAGGGGGAGAAGAGGACAGAGGAAAUGGAGGUGAAAGAGAAAGACAUUGAGAUCGGUCAGGAGAUGGAAGAGACCAGUCAGGCAGCGUACGAUGAAACAACCAUGGACGUCUCCAUCCUUGAUACAGACAGUAACUGGAUGGACUCACAAGAUGAUGACAAAAGUAUCAUGACUGAGCAAAUCGAAGCCCUUCCUCAGGUCCAGAGUCCUACCAGUACACCUGUGGUGGACAGACCCGUAAACCGGGCCCCUGGCAGAGGAAGGGGCCACCCUGGCAUCACUGAGAGUAAAGUGUCCCGCAAAGUCCCCGGUCACCUUCCACAUGGUCCAAGAGAGGAGAUGAAGAAGAAAAAAGUAGCUGUGCGGAGGGUUGAUCAGAAUAAGUUGUCAGCCCUCCAAAGUCGCUCUCCAUGUCGAAAGAGUGUUGCCAAAGCGGCAGCCAGGCAUCCUAGGCCCGCUGUGCUUCACGGCUCUGCUAGACGCAAGGCCACAGGGAUCGAAAGCCAUAUGCCCCUCAGUGUUGCCCACCAGUCCAGGGAGAGGACCACUGAGAGAGCAUACCGCAGCCCGGAGAAGAGGUCGUCCCUCCCCAGGCCGGCUAAAUCUCUGACUCGCCACAUCCCUGCUGCGGAACAAGAUGACAGCACCCCCUCCAGGCCAACCUCGAUCCAGUCCAGAGCGGACAACAGGUCUGGAAGACCCCCUGGUAUGGCAGGUACAGAGUCUGCGCGUUCCCGAUCAGUCCGCAGCGGCGCCUCCACCCCCGGCUCCACCGCCGUGACCCCCGGCUCCCCCCCAACCUACUCCUGCCGCACCCCCGGCACUCGCACCCCCGGCAGCCACACGCCCAAGUCCUUCAGCAUCCUCCAGGAGAAGAAGGUGGCGGUGAUCCGGACCCCGCCCAAGUCUCCGUCCUCCAUCCAACGGCAGCUGAAGGUGCUCAAUCAGCCGCUGCCCGACCUGACGAACAUAAAGUCCAAGAUCGGGUCCACCUCCAACCUCAAGCACCAGCCCAAAGGGGGACAGGUUCAAAUUUUAAACGAGAAGGUGGACUUCAGUCAUGUUCAGCCAAAGUGCCGCUCCAAGGAUAAUCUGAGGCACACGCCCAAAGGAGGCAAUGUCAUGAUUCCAAGUGUUAAACUGGACUUUAGCCACGUUCAGGCUAAGUGUGGCUCCCUGGACAAAAUCCAGCACGCAGCAGGCGGUGGAAACAUCCAAAUCCAGACCAAGAAGAUCGACGUGAGCCACGUCACCGCCAAAUGUGGCUCCAUGUCCAACAUCCGCCACAGACCAGGGGGAGGUCAAGUGCGCAUCGACAAUGUGAAGCUGGACUUUAAAGACAAGGCCCAUUCCAAGGUCGGCUCACUGAGCAACACCAGCCACACUCCAGGAGGCGGGAAUAUCAUGAUCGAGAGCCACAAGCUGAACUUCCGGGAACAAGCCAAAGCGCGAGUGGAUCACGGCGCGGAAAUCGUGGUCACCCACUCCCCGGGGAUGGAGACGGGAGGGAUGUCCCCCCGCCUCUCCUCCACCGGAAGCAUCAACAUGCUGGAGUCACCCCACCUCGUCACGCUGGCCCAGGAUGUCACCGCUGCCCUGGCCAAGCAGGGCUUAUGAGCGAGAUAUCUCCGCUUCGGAUACCCUCCAAAAUCCACACCAUCACUCCUCUUCCCAUUAAUCACUCGUCCAGUGUUCUCCCAAGAUCCUUCACUGCAACACUCGACCCCACAGUUGUAGCAGAUCGUCCAUCAACGACCCCUCCAGACCUUGCAGUGGGAUUUUAAAAAUGGAAUCCUUAGAUUAUAAUUCAUUCACACACCUGGUCAUUCUUUAUUUCUCAUUUGUCACUCAAGUAUGGACUUUUCUGUUUCAUUUUAAAUAAGUGGAGUGCUAAGGUUUGUCUAAGAAGGCUGUUUUACGAUUGUACAGUGUUUUUUGUGCGUGAAAAGCAUCACAUUCCACAUGUAUGGGGAUACACGGUGAGAUGAGCUCAUGCAUUAUGUUCAUUCAGAAUUGAUGGUACUGAAUGCAAGAAAUAGUCUUAAAGAAACGACUGUGUGAGAUACUAAACUUACAGAAAUGUAAUGGCUUGUACCUGCAAAAGAAUGGCUGAUUAGCAUGUCUGCUAACAUGUGACAUGACAUUUUUAUUUGUGCGUUGGUUGGUUUUAAUCUUAUGAUUUCCUAUUUGAUUGUUGAAAAAAACGUUUUUCUUUUUAUAUAUAUGUCACUGUAGUGGAAGUUUUGUAUGUUCCCUGUGGCUGCACUGGCUUAUUAGCACUUAAAUGUGGAUAACCACUGCAGUUAUGUCGAGUCAAGCGCUGAAAGACUAGCUUUCCAAUAGAUUUGUCUUUUCUUUUCCGCAAUCAUUUGGCUGCUCUUUUCGUUCGGUUGUGAUUAUUUUAGGCUACAACAAUGCUGUUAUGCUGGCAUGGCAAAUACAUUAUAAUAAAUUAGAUCUAUUUGGUGCAAUCUUAAAGUUUUCAGUGUGAGUGUAAAUGGCCACGAUGCAUUCUAGUGUCUAUACUUUUAGGUCAAAUCCCAAAACUGUCCCCCUGCUUCUCCUUUUGCAGAGACCGGGCUGUACAAUGUAUUUGAAUGGGCAAAGUUUGUUUGAAAAGUGGAAAAAAAAUAAGCUUUAUAUGAUGACAUUCCAUUAAGAGAGCAGCUAUCUUGUGCGAUUAAACCAGUAACUAAGCCGAAACGACAAAGAUGUGAAGAAUGGGAGUCACCUGCAGCUGUUAGAAUUCAUUUUAAAAAAAGAAUAAAAAAUAAAACAGUUUGAGCAUAUUUUCUGCUCACCAUUGUAAAACCUCUCUGCCCCCCUUUCCCUCCUCCCCCAGUGUAAGUUACCUCUGCAGUGUGUCUCUGUGCUUCCUCUAUUCUUGCUCUCCCUCUUCCUCGACCCCUCUUUGCCUGUGUAAGUGUAUUUAAAAUACCAUGUAGAUGUGUGCAAACGUUCCCAUGUUUGAGAUGUACUGAUGACAAAUUCUCCUACAGGAUGAUGACAACAGAAAUAAAGACAUAAAAACAGGUU